GGGCCGCGCCGCUCCUUCCGGGACGGCGGGAGGCGGUGCCGCUCACCUGGUGCCGCCGGCGCUGGGGAGCGCCCGAGCCGGGGCCCCGCCGGGCGGGAGGUGAGCGCCGGCCGCCUCCGCCCCGCCCCGCGCGGGAACACGGUCCCCUGGCAGGGUGUUUGUGCUUCUCUGAGUCUCUCUCCCCGCCCCCGUCUCUCCCGCCCGCCCCGCCGGGACCUCUCCUCUCCGGGCGGCACCAGAGCCGCCUCAGGGCGGGCGGCGGCGGCAGAGGUGCUGGUGGGGCGCUCUCACCGUCCAGCCCGCCGGGAACAUGGCGACCGGCGGCUAUCGCGGCACCGGGGGCAGCACCACGGACUUUCUGGAGGAGUGGAAAGCCAAGCGGGAGAAGAUGCGGGCGAAACAAGCGCCGGCCGCGGCCCCCGGGGGGGAGGCCCGGCCCGCAGGGGGCGCCUCCUCCGCCGAGCUGAACAACAACCUGCCCUCCGGCGGCCCCGCCGUCCCGCCCGACCGCCCGGCGCCCUCAGCCGGCGGGGCCGUCAACUGCGUCAGCCUGUCCAGCGCCGCCCUGGGCCGGGCCGCCCCUGCCAAGGAACCGCCGCCGACCCUCGCCGGGGGCCGGGGGGCUGAGCCCGGCGCCAAGCCCCCUCCCGCCGCCGCGCCCGGCUCCCCCGAGGCCGAGGAGAAGCUGGUGGCCAAGGGGAAGAGUUCUGGUCCCAGCGCCAGGAAGGGGAAGGGGCAGAUCGAGAAGAGGAAGCUGAGGGAGAAGAGGAGGUCGACAGGUGUGGUGAACAUCCCGGCCGCCGAGAGCCUUGACGAGUAUGAAGAUGAUGAAGCAGGGCAGAAGGAGCGGAAGAAAGAGGAUGCUAUUACCCAACAGAAUACAAUACAAAAUGAGAGUUCCAGUGCAGAUACCCCUGGCUCAUACUUACUACAGGACUCCUCCAGGAUGGUUUCAAGCAGGUAUAAAAGCACAGCUAAUGCACCAGAAGACGAUGCUCCAACUAGAUAUUCCCGAACAGAGAGGACAACCUACAGCAGAUACAGCAGGGAUGCAAAUUCUUCUGGCGGUUCUUUACCAAGUAAUGCUUUGGAAAAGAGGGUUGAAGAACUUGAAAGGGAACUUGCAAAGGAGAGACAGGAAAAUGCGAGAUUAAUGAAGAUGACACAGGAUAAAGAGGAACUAAUUGGAAAGCUGAAGGAGGAGAUUGAUUUAUUAAACAGAGACCUAGAUGAUAUAGAAGAUGAAAAUGAACAAUUGAAGCAAGAAAAUAAAACCCUCUUAAAAGUUGUUGGACAGCUGACAAGGUAGAAGAUUCAAGCCUCAAUGAGGAAAGAUUUAAAAACUACUGAUUGAACAUUAAGGUCAAUAUAGUAAUACUUCCUGUGUUGCAGUAUGUUAUAAUAACUGUGUUUAUAUUUAUUGUUAGGAAACGAGAUGAAUGUUUAUUUUCAUAGUAUUUUCUUCUUCAUUCAAUGAAAUGGCAUCAAAUCUGGGGUAUAUUUUUAGCUUGCUUUUCAUGUAAGAAUAAUGAAAAUUUUGGACAUAUUUUGGAAUAUUACAUUCAAAAAUAUUUGGGUUUUCUAUCUUCAGGCUACAUCUGGAUAAAUUACAGUAAUUUAAAAUUCAUAGCACCAAGGUCACUUUCAGUCCACAUGGGUGUAUAUUUUUUAAAUGAAUGGGAGCAAUACGUAUAAGCUUUGUUUACACAGAUCCAAAAUAUAUAUUUUGGUAAAAAUUUCAUUUUUGUUUAAGCAGCUGUAAAGUGGAUGCCUUAUUACUGAUGUAUAACAUUUUGCAGAUUGAUUCCUUGCUCUGAAACUCUUGUACAUUGAGGUUUUUUAUCGUAUCUGAAAGACUGACAGUAGUAGAGAGUAGCUUUCUUUUUUCUGUAUAACAGUAUUCUGGCAGGAAGCAGAGAUUUUAUUAAAAAAAAAAAAAGAAAAAAAAAAGAAAAAAAAAGACAAAACCAAAAAACAAUAAACCACCUGUGGUAUCAGCAUUAAUAAGUUCUUAGAAUCAUCUUGAAGUUGUGCACUGCAGUUUAUUUUAAAGCUGAAAUGCAAGUUUGCUGUCAGACAGGAAGUUUGUUUGCUGUGUUGAGAAUUCAAAAAAAGCCUGGAGCUUUCAUUUUAGCAAAGACAGGUUUGCAAUACUCUUCUACUUAAGUUGUCACCUUGAAAUUUGUAGUGAUCAUAACCAAUCUGAGGGUUUCCAUGUUUUCAUUUUUUAAGCUGGGUGAAAAUGUCUGUAUAUAAUGGAGUGCAGAGGCACACAAGUGAUUCAUACCCUUUUGAAACAUCAAAUGAUUUAAGAAAACCUUUUAUCCUUGAUUUUAAACUAACAAGUUGUUUAAAAAGUGUCUGUUUAGAUGCUACAAUGCAGUUAUGGCUGUGUACUGAUUCUUCUAUAACACGAUAGUAGGCAGAGUUUUCGGUUUACAUUGACCACAGACAAUUCUCUUCUUAAAAUUCUAGUUAGACUGACAUUUCCUGUACUUUAUUUUGUCUUAGUACAGCUCAUUUUUCAUUCCUGAUCAGAAUAAAUGUCAUUUGAGUCAGGACACUAAAAAUGAAGACACUUUGAAGAGUCCAGGCUUUUUCUUAACCAUUUUGAAGUUUGGUGUCAGAAAGUUGCAUGCAUAUAGUUUUUGUUAACUUAAAACUUCAAAGCAACUUCAAUAUAUAGUAACAAUCACCUUUUCAGAUUUGCUAAUUGUUUUCAUAAUGUGUAUUUAACCACUGUAAGAGUUUCUUAAAUUUAAAAUCCAGGUAUUCCUGUUAAUGCCUUGGAUUGUUUUGGAUCUAGGAUAGGUUCUUUUGCAUUUGUGUAUUCUAAUGAGGAGGAACUUCUCAAAGCUUCAAAGUAUUCUUCAAGACUUCUAUUCCAGGAUGCCUUAAUGUUUUCCUUCACAGUGGAUGAGAAACCAUGGGAGACCAUUUAAAACCUUUACUCAGGGGUAUAAAUGGUAUGGGGGGGGGUGUGUAGGCCCUUCAACUAUGAUAUACACCAAUUAAUAUUGCCUUUAAUAUCAUUAUAACAGUAUGAAGUCCCUUAAUUUAUCAGUGUCAUGGAAUUAAAAAUUGGAAGCAAUAAAAAAUCAGUUGAGAUGUAUGUCUUCUAAAUAAAUAUGAAAUUUUCUCUGGAAGCAAAUCUGAUUUCCUUCUCUGUGUACUAGGUAGGAACAUACACACUGAUUUAUGGCAUGGAAUGUCAAACAUACCGAAGCAUCAUUAAGGAGUUAAUGCAGAAUACACACAUACACACAUAUAUUGAUAUGAAGUUGUAAAUGAGAUAUUUCAUAAACUGUAUUUCACAAAAGAUUUCAAACCAAAGAACAAUAACAACAAAGAACAUAAACAAGAAUUACUUGCCUUCGUAGUACCUCUUCUUGGUUUGCAUAUGUCUUGACUUAAAUUUAGCAGCGCUAAGGCCAUCCAGCUGACAGGAAUAUUUGGCAGAAGUACUUCUGAUACUCCACCUUGAAGGGGUGUUGGCAAGUGAAGUUUCCAAAUAUUUGAAACCAGUAACGGCUCAGGCAGAACAUGUGAACAAAGGAGCUGUUGGGAACUCACAGAUAAAGUACCUCAGGGCAUUAUUGUUGUGUAUUAUAUAUAAAUGUAAAACUCUCCAUGGUUUUAAAAAUUACCAUAAAUUGUAUGUUGAAGCAUAACACUUCUGCUGACAGUCUGGAAGAUUUAGAUGGCUUUUUGGAAAAAAGUAUGUCAGUAACAAUUCAUUAUCACAUUAUCAGGCUCUUAGGAGAAGUUUAGUAGUUUCUAGGAAAAAUGAUGUGUUACAUACAAUGUUAAUAAUUGUCUAGUCAGUUACUUGCCAUUAUCAUUUCAUUUCAGGAGAGUACUCUUAGAGUCAAGCUCAAACCUAGAAUAAAUUUUUAUCCUAGGUGAUCUGAAGGUGUUAAAUUUCCUAUUUACCAGCAAUUCACUAACCCAUGUCCACAUCCUUGCCAGUCCAACGCACUGAUUGUUCUCAACUGUGUGAUUUAAAAGUGGGGAGAAUGCUGGAAGUGGGAACCCUCCUCACUUGGAAAGGCUAGAUGAGUCCUGAAUGAAUCUGGGUAUUAACGUACCUAGGCUUAAUCAAUGUACUAGGGCUUGUGGGGGGUGUUAGUAUGGAAUAUUAACUGUAUAGACAAGUCUCUUGGAGAUUUCCAGACAUUCAUGUCUUAAAAGUCAAGCUGAACCACUUAGGUCUAGCAUCUCUGUUUCUGAGUCACUUGGGUCAUCUAGGAAAUCUGAACAGAAAAGUACUCCCAUUGACUAGAGCAAAAAGGGCAUCCUUUUUUUCAAAAUACUUUAAUAACGAGCAGCACGAUUCUUGUUUUGAUAAUGCACAAUGAUACUCCUGUUACAGUCACAUACUGUUGUAUAGAAAACGUAUACUACAUCCAGAGCUGAAGGUUAAAAUUGUGCAGAAAUAUUUUUAUAAUUGAUAAUAUACACUAAUUUUUGUGGCAUUUGUUCCCUAAAGAAGUUCGACCAUAUAAAAAUGCUGGUGAUUUUUACAAGGAAAUUCAAAAUGGUUCAUUUUUAAUUUUUUAACAAAGUUGCCAUGUUGAAGUUCAGUGUUACUUAAUGUAUAUAUUAACGGAAAGACUCCCGUCUGUGUUGGCAAAUGAGAGGUUUUUUCUGUCUUUAAAGCGAAAAUGUCUUGGUUAAUUACCAGAUUUGUGUUUACAUCUUCGGAGAUUAAUUAUUUCUGUGUUAGAUUGGCUCUGAGUUUGAGAGGUGGAGUGAGAAAAGAGGGUAACAAGAAAUAAAUCAAUAAUGUCCAAAGUAGCGAGUAUAACCUAAUGAUUUUUGAUUAUUUUUUUUUAAUUCAGUUGUACUGAGAAUUACCUGUGGGAAGAUUUGUGAUUGGUAUAAGCACUACAAAUAUAUAGGGGUUUUAGUAUGUUGGAAACAACUGAUUAACCUACAUCAAAGCUCUUUUCAACUUGUCUGGUAUCGUUACAGCUUGGAGACUUGCUACUGUAAGAGAGACCAAAGGGAAUAUUGGAGAUCAAAUUACUUCUUAACAUUUUGCUAGGAGAGCAGUUAGAGUGACUCCAGCUAUUUUAUGGUUUUCUGUAAGUUCUUUGUGAAUAUUUCCAGCUUGAAUUGAAACAAAUCAGUAUUAGUAGCCAAAAGGAAAGCUAAUUAUUGAGAAACAAAUACAUGAGCAAUAACUAUGGAUGCCAUUGACAUAUGACUGAGUGCCAGUAUUUCUUGGGCUCAGACCCUUUAUGAAGAUGUCAGUUGAAUCGGUCCACUUGCAUCAGUAUUAGUGAAAAACAUCUAACAUUAUUAAUAAGAAACAAAUACUUUAGUUGGAGAAAAUACCAUUGCAAGCCAUGACUUAGUACAAUUUAAAAAAUUAUGCUGGUGCAUGUAGCUGCUGAGACUGAGGGGCUAAGGAUUAUACUUUAAAGUUUUGUUAAAAAUGAAACAAAUGACUUCUGGAUCUUGUCGUGUAAUUUGAUAGAGAAGUUCACUACAGAAGAAGUUCACUACAGAUCUGUUCCAUGCCAAUCAUUCUGGUGUCAAUACAUGCAGAAGGUAUUGACACUAGUGUUUCUAGAAGUAUUUCUUAUUCUGUUAUUAAACAUUUCUUUAGGACUACUUUAUAUAUCCAGGACAAAAAAGGACUUUGAUAUCUAUUUUAGCAGCAUUCAUGAUCUUCCAAGUAUGUUGACGUACUGUAGCAGAUCUCUGUCUACCGUUUCUCCUCGUACUGUAGCAGAUGUACAUUACCUUGUUAAUUUAAUCUUUUUGCCUUUAUUUCUGGAUUUCUGGUGUAACUGUUCUUGUUCAGGGCUAGUUGUGAUUUUUUUCUGUUCUGGAAAAGUUAUGAUAGUUGAGUUUUCCACUGAAAAUAGUCUCAUAAUGUGGAGUCUUUUUAAAAAAAUAUCCAUUUUAUGCAUUUAGAAAGUUGAAGCAUCAUUAAGCUAUAAAUAACUAGAUACCCGUUUUAGUUUUGAACAUUGACUAGUUGUGAUAUUGUUUGUGAUAUCAGAUUUAAAAUGAUGUUGAGAUUCUUACUGUUGCAGGUAAAAGAUACGUGUUUAAUCUAACAAUAAAGACUGUGUGCCUUUGUCCAAAUAAAACAGAAGUAUUUUUAA